UUCUUUUUUUGAGCUUGAAUGCAUGAGAAAGAGGCAAUAGGGUAGAAGGGAGAAUGGGGGACAUCCCCACAAGGGCCACAACUAGACAAAUACAAUAGCCAUGAGUAUUAUCACUGUAUCAACUUCUCCAUUUAUUACCCUUUUGUCCUUGAUUUCCCGCAUUCCUUCUCCCAUCCACUAAAAAUUCUCUUUGCCCCUUCAUCCCAUCCACUUUCUUUCCCUGCUUCAAUUUCAGGCCCCUCUCUCUUUGCCCCUUCAUCCCAUCCACUUCCUUUCCCUGCUUCAAUUUCAGGCCCCUCUCUCUCUCUCUCUCUCUCUCUCUCUCUCUCUCUCUCCAAUUUUUAGGUGUUCCUCUAUGAGGUGAUGAUCUAACCACCUCCAGAUAUGAAUGUGUGAAGCUCCCUCACAUAUCUUUCACAGGGCUACAUCACACUGGUGAAGAAAAAAGGGGAAAAAAAGCCCCCUCUUGAAAUUAAGAGGAUCUACAAGAGAGAAAAAAGGGGAAAUGGCUUCAUCUCACAACUCCUACAGCUCCCCCUGCGCCGCCUGCAAGUUCCUCCGGCGCAAGUGCAUGCCCGGCUGCGUUUUCGCCCCUUACUUCCCACCAGAGGAGCCAACGAAAUUCGCCAACGUCCACAAAAUCUUUGGCGCUAGCAACGUGACCAAACUCCUCAACGAGGUCCACCCUCACCAGAGGGAAGACGCGGUGAACUCACUCGCUUACGAAGCAGAAGCCCGGGUCAGGGACCCGGUUUACGGGUGCGUUGGUGCCAUCUCUUUCCUCCAGAGACAGGUGGAGCGGCUCCAGAAGGAACUGGACGCCGCGAAUGCCGAUUUGAUUCGGUACGCCUGCAAUGAGAUCAAUCAGACGACCGUGCUACCUGCCCCACCACCACCGGGGUUGGUCAAUUCGGUUAGUCAUCCGACCGCUGUGAGUCGCCCGAGGCCGGUGGAGGUGAUAAAUAGAAGGAUGGGAAAUGAGGGAGGGAAUUUCCAUCAAAUUCCUUCUCCUUUCCCAUAUCCUUAUCCUCUUCCAUGGUAUGAUUAUAACCCUUCUGGUAACACAACUGGAGGCGGUGGAGGAGGAGGAGGUGGAGGUGGAAAUAUUUGAAUUUAAAGAGGCCAGUGUCAGAACCCAUCUAGGGUUUUGCAUCUUUUCAGCUGGAGCUUAUGAUCGAGGAUCAUCCUAUGGUAUGAUAUUAUUUUGGUUAAUUAUUUGUAGUUAUAAGCUGGCUUCUAGCUAGUUAGCCUUCACAAGGAAACUUCUAGCUAGCUAGGCCAUUGAAUUCUAAAAACAUAUAUAGAAGAUUUAUAAUUUGGAAGUUCAGGAGUUAUAUAUGUAUUUUUGUACCUAAAACCAUUACCCCAAAGUAAAUAAUUGUGGGGGUUUACUAUGGCAUUGAAGACCUAAGUCUUUCUUUAGGGUAUGUUUUUAUUUGAAUCA